CACCAACACCAACACUCACCGCGGUACUCACCAGGACCACAUUUACCAGCUGCGUUCGGGCUGCGCAUAACUUAUAUCUUUAUAUUUUCAGCUGGAACGUCUUCACACAGGGAUAAUUCCCGUUCUUUGCCCCCGGUAUAUCCCACAAGUAGCGUGUGUACAACAACACUCCACGUUUUCGGAAUAAAGGUGAACUUAGGUCUGCAAGGCAACAGCCCCCUCGGUUCCUUACCACUAGAAUCACCGUCGUAGUAGCAUAGAGCAACGGCUCCGGCACUUCUCACAACGAAAUCAAAGAAUGUCACUUCCUAAGCUAACUUCUCUGUCCUCUCAAACCCUUACCCUUCUCCUGGAACGCCAGCGUCUCCAGAGUAUCUCUUCGACAUCACCGUCCACACUCCACCUCCAACGAAUCACACAGAACCUACGGAACCUCCAUACGGGGAUAUUAGCACUCCAAUCGCAGACCCUUUUACCUGGCGUGGGUGAGAACAGGAGAGAGGGAGAAACAGUUGACUCAUUGCGAGCGCAGUACGAGCGCAUGCGGGGGAUGUUCGGGGAGGAGGCCAUCAAAGCAGGGUUGGAAAGCUUGGAUACUCCACGAGAACCGGAACCUUCACGCUCACCGUCUCCAUCACCACUACCUUCCCCUCCCCUUAAUUCUACAAUGUCGUUGGACGACCGCCACGAUGCACUAUACAAACAAUCAGAACCCGUGUUUGAGCCGUAUACGGAUGAUCCCGAUGCUGAUGUUGAGCCAGGGAUUUUGUUGCAGACGCAAAGACGGAUGAUAGAUGAUCAGGACUCGCAUCUCGACAACCUUUCCAAUUCCAUAACGCGCCAACAUCAUAUCUCUCUUCAGAUCAACUCAGAGCUUGACACGCAUGCUGGUAUACUUGACGAGCUUGACACUGACCUCGACCAUACCGCAACCCGCUUAGGUAGCGCACGAAAGAGACUGGAUAAAGUCGCAAGAGGGGUUCGAGGGAAUGUUUCAACGGUGACAAUUGCAGUGCUCAUCGUUGUACUGCUCAUCCUGAUCGUCGUAUUCAAAACGUGAAGAGUGUUCAGUUGCCAUGUUUUUCACUUGGGGACUCUAAGCCGCUCAGGGUUCUCAUCCAAUUUAUAGUAUACCAUCAUUUUAUUCACAGUUGGACUCGUAUUUCUCUCAGAAUCUUGAUAAUUUACGACACCUUCAGGAAGGGGAUCUACUGUACGAACCCAUUGAUGAUACGAAGACAUAAAACAUUAUUCUAUUUU